CCAAUAUCUUGUUUGAAAACGUCGAAAAUGUCCCGCGUAGAAGAUUGUUUGACAGAGAAAAUCCUCUAGACGGUUUGUCGGAAAUGGAGGUUUAUAGGAGAUACCGAUUUAUUCCGGCAACUAUACUGACCUUAUUAAAUUUGGUCGCCGAUUCUCUGGACUUUGGAACGCUGCGGAAUUCUCCUCUCCUGCCGAUCCAGCAGCUGUGCAUAUUUCUUCGUGCCAUGGCGACUGGAUCCUUCCAACUAGUCGUAGGAGACACUGUUCGAGUCAGUCAGCCAUCCGUAUCAAGAUGCUGCCGACGAGUUGGACGAGCAAUAGCUCGACUAGCUCGCCGUUACGUACGGUUUCCUGACAGGGAAGAGUGCAAAACUCUAAAAUCCAGAUUUCAGUCCAUUGCUGGAUUUCCAAAUGUAAUCGGACUGAUUGAUGGAACUCAUGUUCGCAUUCAAAGGCCAAAGAACCACGAAGCCGAUUUCAUAAAUAGAAAAGGCUACCAUUCUUUGAACGUGCAAAUGGUAUGUGACCACAGCAAAAAAAGUGAGGAGCUUAACAGCUAAAUGGCCAGGAAGCACACAUGAUGCGAGAAUAUGGAGAGUGUCAUCUACGGAACCAGUUCGAACAAGG